AUGCGAAUAUACUGUGAACAUGAACAAUUACCGAGCAUAAUGAAUAUGUGUUCAAUUGAUGGAUUACUCGAUAUGGAAGCUGAGGUCAUGCAAAAAGGAAAACGAAAAAGAGACAAUGUUUCUUGUCGUGAAUAUUAUUGUUAUAAACUUCAAAUAAGAGAUGAUGAAAAUAUACUUUUACAUGCUGGAAGAUUAUUCCAACAAUAUGUUGUGGAUGAAUGGAUUAAAAUUGAAAGCCAAAGAUUAAACUUUGCUACUUUUAAUCAGGAUUUAUUCAGAGUUCAUGUAUUAGGUGGGCUCUUAAAUAUUCUACGAUGUGGGAAAAGAAAAGCUUCACAGGUUGGAAAACAAAAAACACUCCCACUUAGCUUUACAGGAGGACCAAGAGAUAUGCGUCGAAGGUAUAUGGAUGCUAUUGCAUUAGUGCAACAGUUUGGAAAACCAGAUAUAUUCUUGACUAUGACGUGUAAUCCUUCUUGGCCUGAAAUAAAAGAAAACCUUCUGACGAUAGAUGAAACACAAAAUAGAACCGAUUUAAUUAGUCGAGUAUUUCGAGCAAAACUAGAAGAGUUGAAAAAGGAUAUUCUCAAAACACAAAUAUUUGGUAAAGUCGUAGCAUUUAUGUAUACAGUGGAAUUCCAAAAGCGGGGACUUCCAUAUGCUCAUUUUCUUAUAAUACUUGAUGAAAAAUAUAAAUUACUAACUCCUGAAGCAUAUGAUCGAUUUGUAUGUGCUGAAUUAUCGAAUAAAAAAGAAAAUCCUACAUUAUAUUCACAUGUUAUAGAUCAUAUGAUGCACUGUCCAUGCGGAGAAUUAAAUCCAACAAAUUCUUGCAUGACAAAAAAAGGUCAUUGUAAAUAUAAGUAUCCAAGGGAGUUUGCAGAACAAACAACUAAAGGAAAAAAUUCGUAUCCAAUUUAUCAAAGACGAAACACAGGAAAGAAAGUGCAAAUAAUAGAACACCUUCUUGAUAAUUCAUGGGUUGUUCCUUAUAAUCCAUAUUUAAUUUGUAAGUUCAACUGUCAUAUGAAUAUAGAGAUUUGCUCUGAUAUUAAAGUUGUUAAGUACAUUUGUAAGUAUAUUUGCAAAGGAUAUGAUAAAAUUGCAUUUCAUAUACAUGCUAAUGAUACAAACAUAGAGAUAGAUGAAAUAAAGGAAUACCAAUUUGCUAGGUGGGUGUCACCACCUGAGGCUGCAUGGCAUAUAUUUGCUUUCCCUAUUAGUGAAAUGUUUCCAAAUGUAUAUCAUCUUUAG